GUUACCGAGUGGAUAUCUAGUCAGUGUCCAGCUGGACUCGGUGGUGAAAGGGUGUCUGUGACUCUCGGCGCCAUGGGACCCUCGUAUGGGGGAAACGCUUCCUUUCUGCGUGUGUUUCUCCGUUCCUCCGGUGGGAGUGCGCGGUGAGUUGCUUUGAGAUCGGAGAGACUCGGAUGGAGGGGCAUUCUUAUCCGAAGGGAGAAAGGACAUGGAAAACCUUUGCCUGGAUUUUCUAGAGCGAUAUGCAUAUGAAGAACUGGGAAAAAACGAAAAAAAGAGAGGAAAAAAACAAGGGCUAUAUUUUUUUUUCCCUCCCCGAAUCUCUCUGUCUCUUUCUUUUAUUCCCUAACCCGACCCGUUUCUCGAAUCAACCUCCGCUUCGGAUAAGAGAACGAGACCAUGAAGAGACCGAACAACAAUAGCUGGAAAAUUAACAAUACUAGGAAAUAGAGAAAAAAAAGAGAGAUUAGCCACAAUGUGGUGUUGGAAGAUAGUGGUGGUUAUGGUGACAGUAUUGUGCCCGAGAGUGUGGUGUCUGGCCGGCGAUGGUGACGGAGGGACCAGCGGCUUUGAGGAUACUCCUCUAACAAAAGUACGGGCGGUGGAAGGAGGGCGUGUCCUGCUACCAUGCGACUUGGACCCGCCCACUCCAGAGGACAAGACACUCCUCGUUCUCUUCUUUCGAUAUGACUCCGUUUUCCCCAUAUACAGCCUCGACGCCCGGGGCCUGAGCCUCCUGCAGGGGAAGCAGCAGGCGUCGGAGCCCUUCCAGCAGCGGUCCUACCUCAAGGUCAGCCGAGGUCAGCAGGGGCUCCUCCUCGAGAGAGUUCACCCGGAGGACGAGGGCGAGUACAGGUGUCGAGUGGAUUUCCUCGGGUCACCCACUAGGAAUUCGAUGCUGAUGCUCGAUGUGAUGGUUCCUCCUCGAUCUAUGGUCAUCACGAGCGACCUUGAUCCAGGGCGAGAGGUCAAGGCGGUGGCUGGUCCUUAUACCGAAGGAGCUGAAGUGACCCUCUCCUGUCAGGUCAGAGGAGGUGACCCCCGACCGAAGGUGACCUGGUGGCACGAGUGGUCUCUCCUGGACAACACGAGCGAGGUCAACACAACCCAUGUCGUAAAAAAUAUCUUGACCCUCCCCCCGCUGACGAGAGCUGACCUUAACAAGACGCUAACAUGCCAGGCCACCAACUCCGAACUCAUUAUACCGAUGUCAGCCACUGUCAGGGUUGACAUGCAUUAUCCCCCGAGGUCGGUGAAGCUUCUCGAAGAUUCCACGGAAGAAAUGACCUUAUCUGAGGGAAGGUCACGACCCAUCGUGUGCGAGGCGGAAGGGUCACGACCUCCUGCCGGCCUCUCCUGGUUCUCGAAUGGGCACCCGAUUCCCAGGCAGCUCUUGGAUAUCGAGGAAGAGAUCGAGGGCGAAGUGAGCCGCUCCAUCUUGCACUUCAGUCCGAGGGCGAGCGACGACGGAGCGACUCUCAGCUGCCGAGGAUUUAGUCCAGGUUUGCCAGAGCUCGUCCUCGAAGACUCGGUUCAGCUUUACGUUUUCUAUAAGCCUCGAGUUGAGAUCGAACUCGAGCACGACUCAGAAGACUUGGAAGAAGGCGAUGACGUCACGCUGGAGUGUUUGCUGAACGCCAAUCCUCCAGCCACGAGCGUCGAGUGGGAGCGCAAUGGCAUCCCCUUAGAGAGCAACGCGUCCCUCGGAGUGACGGUGAGCAGGACCACCUUGCACCUGAGGAACAUAACCAGGGCUUCUUCGGGAGUUUAUACCUGCGCUGCCACGAACGACGAAGGAUCCACGACCUCCAGCCCUCUUCAGGUGGAUGUGAAGUUCCUGCCAACGUGCUCCGAGGACCAACACACCUCCUACGGCGUCGGGACGAUGGAGGAGAUCCUGGUAUCCUGCCACGUCGACUCUUAUCCUGUACCGACAGAUUUUAGAUGGGCCAUGAACACGAGCUCGGGCAUCAAGGACGUGCCCCUCAACCUCUCCAGCAGCAGUGGCAGGAGCAGCGUCGUCAGGUACACGCCCCGCACGCAGAGGGACUUCGGCGAGCUCCUGUGCUGGGCGGUGAACGACGUCGGCCGCCAGAGGGAGGCCUGCGUCUUUCGGGUGGAGCCGGCAGCCAAGCCCGAGGCGGUGUCCUCCUGCGUGGCCGAAAGGAACCUGACGAUGCCGGCCUCCUACGUGAUCCUCUCGUGCGUGCCGGGCUGGGACGGCGGCCUCAACCAGUCCUUCGUCCUCGAGGUGCGGCAGGAGGGCAUGGAGGAGCUGCUCGAGGACUUCCGAGACGCGCCCGAGCCACAGUUCUUCGUCAGGGGCCUCCUGAAGGACGUGCACUACCUCCUGACGGUGCGCGCCGAGAACACCCGAGGCCAGAGCCCGCCCGUCACCAUCAGCUACUGCGUCCAGGGCGAGUCUCAGGCCACCACCCUCUUGGUCUCCCACGCCCGCAACACCCUCCUGGUCCUCAUGCCCUUCGUGGUGCUCCUGAUGGGCGUGUUGCUGGUGCUGACGGUGUAUGUAGGCGUGGGCGUGCUGCGGGCGUCCAAAGAGAGGCGGAGGAGGUGUAGGAAGGAGGGACUUUACUACACGACGACGGUGAAGGCGCCUCCGGAGUGCCACGACGCCCACGCCAUCGUCUGCGGGAAUAAUGAUUACGAUAAAGAGGAACUGAUGAAGCUGCCCGUGGAGAGUGUCACGCCCAAAGCCGCCCACGAGUGCCAGGACUACCUGCUUAAUAAUUACGGGAACCUCACCGGCUCACUCGAGACCGACCUGCUGCUGAAGGAGAAACUCGCGUCCCUGGCCUGCCUCCCGCCGCUGCCUUCGUCGGACUCCAUAGGACGCUGCCCGACGCCCUCCUCCCUCGGCCGCUGCCCCACGCCCUCCUCCAUCUGCACCACGUCCUCCAAGUCCUCGGGCAAGUCCCAGUCCUCCUCCAAGUCCGUCGCGUCGUCCUUGAGGUCGACCUGCACCAACAAUUCCUCGGUGACGGUGGCGCUGAACCCCGAGUACCUGGCGAAGCGGAGCGCGGCGGAGACACUGUACGCCCUCGUGGCCAACCUGCCCCAGGAGAGCGCCGUCUGAAGGGGCAGUGGGCGUGGGCGUAUAAUGGGAUAGGGAAGUAAGGGUGCAGGGGCGUAGGGGAUCUCUGCUCCUCGGUCUCUUCCGCCUACGUUUCCUCUUCCCUUUAUCGUCUUUGGUCUUUCGUCUUCUGUUUCUUUUUUCGUUCGUCUUCUUCGUUUUCCAUUUCUCUUUCUUGAUCUUCGUCUUUUGUUUCUCUUUCUUCAUCUUCUUCGCCUUCUGUUUCUCUCCCUUUUCUCCUCCUCCUCCUCUUCCUCCUCCUCCUCCUCCUCCUCCUCCCCCUCCUCCUCCUCCUCCUCCUCCUCCUC